UAAAGUGUGUAGUAUUUUUCUUUUACAUUUAUGCUGUGGGUUUGUAGAUUGCUGUAAUUAGCAUUGGUUGAUAUCGGUUGCUUGUCCCACAAGCUGUCUGUGAUGUGUCACAUUAUGGAUUGGGUAAACAUUGACAAAAUUGUCACCAAGAUGUUCGGUGCUUGCUUGGUGUCAUGGUCAACAGAGGAUUGUAAAGCUUGUGGGGGCAUCAGCAGUCACCAUGAACAACAGUUACCACCAGAGGCGAGGAGGCAGGAAGAGUCAAGGACCACAAAGGUCACAGAUCUCUGCCCAGCAGCAGCCAUGAUCUAGAAAAGAGUAUGGAAGAUUUAACUACAAAAAAUGCAUGUAAAGGAGUAAAUGGACAGUCCAAAACAGAACAAACACCUUCUGCUGCUGCUGCUCACGAUGUUGACUCAUGCUGCAGCGGUUGCCUGAAAAGCAUCAAGCUCUGGAUACCUGUGGACUACAAGAAUGAAACAGUUCAGUUUUUAACACUGGCAGGACCCAUGUUCAUUUCACAGUUGAUGACCUUCCUGAUCGGCUUCGUCAGCAUGGUGUUCUGCGGUCACCUGGGGAAAACAGAGCUCGCAGGGGUGGCAUUAGCAAUAGCGGUAAUAAAUGUCACAGGUAUUUCCAUUGGCUCUGGUCUGGCAUCAGCAUGUGAUACUCUCAUAUCUCAGACUUACGGCAGUGGUAACCUAAAGCGUGUGGGGGUGAUUUUACAAAGAGGGGUUUUGAUUCUGCUCUUAGCCUGUUUCCCCUGCUGGGCCCUUCUCAUUAACACUCAGCCCAUUCUGCUGGCUGUCAGGCAGAGCGCCGAGGUCGCCAGACUCUCCCAGCUGUAUGUGAAGAUCUUUAUGCCGGCUCUGCCAGCUGCCUUCAUGUACCAGCUGCAGCAGAGGUAUCUUCAGAAUCAGGGCAUCAUGUGGCCCCAGGUAAUAUCCGGAGCCGUAGGGAAUGUUUUAAAUGCAAUUAUCAACUACAUCUUUCUUAAUAUCCUGGAUCUGGGGAUCGCUGGAUCUGCAGCUGCCAACGCCAUUUCACAGUACUGCUUGGCUGUUUUUUUGUUUUUGUACAUCUGCUGCAGGGGGCUGCACAAAGCUACAUGGGACGGUUGGUCAAGAGAAUGUCUGCAGGAGUGGGGUCCCUUCCUCCAUCUGGCCAUCCCCAGCAUGCUGAUGCUUUGUCUGGAGUGGUGGCUUUAUGAAAUCGCAGGGUUCCUAGCAGGCAUGAUCAGUGAGGUUGAGCUGGGUGCUCAGUCUAUAAUUUAUGAACUGGCUACUAUCGCUUACAUGUUUCCAAUGGGUAUCUCUGUAGCUGCCAGUGUUCGGGUUGGAAAUGCUCUCGGUGCUGGGAACACAGAGCAAGCCAAGCUAUCCAGCAAGGUCUCCGUCGUCUGUGCACUUAUCUGCUCAUGUUUCAUUGGAGCUUGUCUUGGUGUGUCUAAGGAUGUGAUUGGUUACAUUUUCACCACAGAUAAAGAGAUUAUUCAGAGGGUGUCUGAUAUCAUGAAGAUGUACUGUUUCAUCCACGUUGCUGAGGCCUUUGCAGGUGUGACGGGAGGUAUUGUCAGGGGAACAGGGAAGCAAAUGGUUGGCGCUGUGUGUAAUCUGGUGGGUUACUACUUCAUUGGGUUCCCCAUCGGAGUGUCUUUGAUGUUCCCUGCAAAAAUGGGCAUCGUAGGGCUGUGGUCAGGGUUAUUAAUUUGUGUAUUGAUACAGUCCACAUUCUUCAUAGUUUUCCUUUGUAAACUGAACUGGAAGAAAGCCACUAAAGAGGCACUGGUAAGAGCAGGAGUCCACGUUAUGGAAAGGAACAACAUCUUUGGGAUAGAAAAUAACGCCCUGGACUCUGGUGAGAUGCAGGUAAAAACCAGUCGAUCCACUUCUUUGAAUCCAGUAGAGGGGAAGCUAGAAAAGCUCGGUGCAGGUCAGCGGGCAUCAGAUGGCGCGGCUCUGUCAGUGAGGCAGCUGGUAGUACGACGUGGCCUCGCUGUGCUGCUCAUGUUCAUCAUCCUCGCUGCUGGAGUCUUCAUCAGUGAGCUGCUCAUCAGACUGCUCAAAUUAGACGAGUGACCAUUAUUAGACCACAUCUGGGCAGCACAAAACAAAGCUCAGUGAGUCUGCCUUCGAGAGCAUAGACACAGCAGUGUGUUGCAGUAAAGUAUGUAAGGACCACUAUGCUCUUGUCUACAUACACAACUCUGGGUGUUAAACGUUUAAGUGAUUAGGAUGACAUAGAGGCAGCUUCCAUCUUCCAAUGCUGGCCUGUCUGAAACAAAUUCCCUCUCCAUGCUCCCAGUUUUUCAAUUUCAGGCCAUUUAUUAUGCACUAAUGAUGGGAAAAUAGCUGCUUUAUAAUGAAUUGUCUGUAAUGGCAUAAAGAAAUUAUUUCACAGUUUUGAAAACUUAAUUGUUGUUUGAGGUAAGUGAGUUCAGAUAAAUUCUAAGUAUUACCAUACUUUGUUUUUUGUCAUUACUUCAUAUUUAAAGGUCCAGUGUGUAGUAUUUAGUAAUAUCUA